AUGGAUUUGAAGAAGAGGAUUCACCUGGAGCUCAUAAACAGGACGCCGUCUGACGUGUGUGAGUUGGUGCUGGAUAACUGUCGUUCUGAAGAAGGGAAGAUUGAGGGUCUGACAUCUGAGCUUUUGAAUCUGGAGUUUCUCAGUCUAAUUAACGUGGGUCUGACAUCAAUAUCCAACCUUCCAAAACUGCACAAACUCAAGAAGAUCGAGCUGAGUGAUAACCGGAUCUCAGGAGGUCUGGAGAUUCUGGCAGAGAAAGUGCCCAACCUCACACAUCUCAACCUGAGCGGCAACAAACUGAAGGAUCUGCGCAUGCUGGAGCCCCUGAGGGAUCUGUCCCAUCUGAAGAGUUUGGACCUUUUUAACUGCGAGGUCACGACCCUGGAUGAUUACAGGGUGAGUGUGUUUAAGCUCCUUCCCCAGAUUACCUACCUGGAUGGUUACGACCCAGAGGACCAAGAGGAGAGUGACUCGGAUGCAGAGGGAGGGGAUGAGGAUGAGGAUGAAGUGAAUUCGGAGGAGGAGGAGGAGGAGGUUGAAGACGAGGAUGAAGAGGAGGAGGAUGAUGAGGCAAGUGGAGAGGAGGAGGAAGACUCUGGUCAGGAGGAGGAUGAGGAGGAGGAGGAAGGUCGGGUUAGGUAUAAUUGUUUCCACACACACCCCUGUGCUCUCUCACUCACACAUACUGAUGUUUGUUUGUUUGCAGAUGAAGAUGAGUGUAAAUGUGAAAAGCGGAAACGAGACCCUGAGGAAGAAGAUGAUGAUGAAGAUGAUUUAGUUUGUGGUUUUUCUGUGAUGUAUUGUUGAUCAAA